AUGGGGAGCACGUUCGGCGAGCUGGGGUACGCGUGCGCGAUAAACGUGGCGGUGCUGGCGGGCAUGCUCGUGGCAUACACGAUUCUCUCCAAGCAGCCGCUCAACGCGCGGGUCUACUUCACCAAAUGGUUCUCCCUCGACGACCGGGUGCGUGCCGCCGCUUCGCGCUGCCCCGCCGCUGCUCCGAAACCUCGCAGCCCUCGUAGGACCGUCUCGGCUCGUCCACGGGAAGCAUCCCCCGGGCUCGCUGUGUGCCCGCCAUGCCGCAACCCCGUGCCUGCUGCAUCCCUGCGCGCCUCCCCGCGUGGCGUGCCAUGCGGAGACGCGCGCUGUGGAGCGCACGCCGGGACUCAACGCGUCGCCGAUGGCCCCUCACUGUACAACCAUCGCCCAUUCUCCCGUCGCAUCUCACCACGGCCCUCCCUCUCUCCUGCCCCUGCCCCUCCCUGCCGCUCCCUGCCCCUCCCUGCCGCUCCCUGCCCCUCCCUGCCGCUCCCUGUCCCUCAAUGCCGCUCCCUGUCCCUCAAUGCCGCUCCCUGCCCCUCAAUGCCGCUCCCUGCCCCUCAAUGCCGCUCCCUGCCCCUCAAUGCCGCUCCCUGCCCCUCAAUGCCGCUCCCUGCCCCUCAAUGCCGCUCCCUGCCCCUCAAUGCCGCUCCCUGCCCCUCAAUGCCGCUCCCUGCCCCUCAAUGCCGCUCCCUGCCCCUCAAUGCCGCUCCCUGCCCCUCAAUGCCGCUCCCUGCUGACGGGGCACGUGAAGGGGAAUGGGAGAAGCACGAGGCGGAAGCAGCGGAGAAGUACGAGAAGGUGAAGAUGAAGGGCAACGUGGUGAAGCGCCGCCAGUGGCUCAACCUCUCGCUGCGCUCCUACCGCCACGCCUUCUCCUGGGUGGGCGUGGCCCUCGCCAUGCCCGAGCGCGAGCUCAUCGCACAUGCUGGGCUCGACAACGUCGUCUUCCUGCACACGCUCAAGCUGGGCUUCAAGAUCUUUGGGCCAAUCCUGAUAGUGGCGGCGGCGGUGCUGGUGCCGGUGAACUACCUGGGAGGGGGGCUGCAGCAGCAGGCGCAGAGCGACCCCGACCUCUACUACAGCGACAUUGACAUGCUCUCCAUCGCCAACAUCCCCAACCAGUCGUCUCUGCUGUGGGUGCACGUGGCGAUGGCAUGGCUGUUCAACGCGUGGGCGCUGUACAUGAUGCGGUUGGAGCACCGCACCGUCGCUGACAUGCGCCUCGACUUCCUUGCCGACCAGCAGCGCGCCCCCAACCAGUUCACUGUGUUGGUGCGGCAGGUGCCGAAGCACCCAAUCAAGACGGUGCCGGAGCAUGUGGACCACUUCUUCUCAGUCAACCACCGCGGCCACUACCUGCUCACCCAGCCAGUGUACAACGCGAACCGGGUGGCGCGGCUGGAGAAGAAGCGCGGCAAGCUGGAGAACAAACUCACAGAGCUGCACAUCAAGCUCGAACGCUGCCCCACUAAGCCGCUCACCGUCCGGAUGGGGUUCAUGGGGCUGGUGGGGGAGAGGGUGGAUGCCAUACAGCACUACCAGGACAAGCUUGAAGAACUCUGUGACGAGAUCAUAACGGAGCGAGAGCGCGUGAUAAGCGACCCAGCCAGCACCAUGCCAGCGGCCUUCGUCUCCUUCUCCUCGCGUUGGGGCGCAGCAGUGGCGGCGCAGACUCUGCAAUCAAAGAACAGCUCGCACUGGAUCACGCAGUGGGCGCCGGAGCAGCGCGACGUCAAGUGGAGCAACCUGCCCAUCCCGUACGAGCAGCUGGCCGUGCGCCGCGUGCUCGUGCUGCUGGCGGCGGCGUCUGUUGUCUUCUUCUACACCAUCCCAGUGGGCUUCGUGCAGUCGCUGGCGAAUCUGGACAACAUCAGCCGCUACAUGCCGUGGCUGCAGCCCAUCCUCAGCAUCCCCGUGGUGAACGCGCUCAUCACCGACAUCCUCUCGGGCCUCGCCCUCAAGCUCUUCAUGGCGUUACUGCCCUACCUGCUCAUCUUCCUCGCGUCCCUGGAGGGCCACGUGAGCCUGUCACAGAUCGACCUGGCAGCCACCGGCAAGUACUUCUGGUUCAUCAUCGGCACCGUCUUUGUCACCAACGUCAUGGGGGGCGCGCUCAUGUCCGCCACCUACGACCUUUCCGAGCACACCACCAGCAUACCGCAGAUCCUGGGGGCGCGCAUCCCCAUGAAGGCCACGUUCUUCAUGACCUUCACCAUGGUGGACGGCUGGGUGGGCAUGGGGGGAGAGGCGCUGCAGGUCUGGUACCUGCUGCUCUUCCAACUCAAGAGCUCACUGCUGGUGCGCACGCCAGCGGACAGGAUAAAGGCCAUGAAGGCACGCCCCCUCCGACUCGUCGACACGCUCUCGCAGGUGGAGCUCUACUUCCUGCUGCCCUUUGUCUACUGUGUCACCAACCCGCUCUACCUGCCCUUCGCCCUCGCAUUCUACAUCCUCGCCUUCGUCAUUUACCGCAACCAGAUAAUCAACGUGUACUGUCCACGGUACGAGAUGGCGGGGGCGUUCUGGCCGCACUUCCACGCGCGGCUGGUGGCGGCCAUGCUGGUGCAGCAGGUCACGCUGGGCGGCAUCCUCUCCCUCAAGGACGCGCCCUCGCAGGCGUGCUGCCUCAUCCCACUGCCGUUCGUCACCAUCAUCGUGCACUGGGCGUUCAUCCGCGGCCAGUUCCACAGCACCUUCUCCAAACUCGCCCUCGAGGAGGCGAAUCGCAAGGACACAAUAGACCGCACGGUGCACCCCAACGAGGACCCGCACUCCUUCCUGGCACGCGCCUACCUGCACCCCUCGCUGCAGUCCGCCUUCACCAUGCUGGAUGGCGAUGAGGAGGAGGGUGGUGCAGGCGGUGACGACUCCUCUUCCUCCUCCUCCGAUGAUGAUAAGGACGGGGAUGAAGAGGGUGGCGGGAAGAAGUCAAAGCAUGCCGACCGGCACGCACAAACUCGUCUUGUGCCGGUGAAGCGGCAUCCAUUUUCCAGCAGUGCGCAGGCCUCUCCUGCUGUGCGAAUGGGUUCGGAUGGGUUGGAAGCGGUGGCGGGCACAAGCCCUCCUGCACACCUCCGUCCCAGGAGUGUGUCAGACGGGCCAGGGAGUUCAGCUUCAGCUGCUGCAGCUGCCGUGUCUGCAGUGACCUCCGCUGCUGCAGCUGCGGCUUCUGCUGCCUUUGCCGCCGCUCGCAGUGCAGCCAGCAGUGGCGCUGCUGCCUUCAGUGCUGCCAGCUCGGGCCGUGUGGCUGCUGAUGCUGACGCCAGCACCCACACACCCCAUGGCAUUCCACCUGCCAGCCGUGACCGGUCCAGUGAGGCCUCGCCGUACCACUCAUGUGAGCUCGUCUCAGUUGUUGUCGACGGUCCCGAGGACGUUUCCCAGAACGUUCCUCUCUCCACCUCUGCAGCGCAUCCUGUGGGUGAUGCGGUGGUGCAGGGGGGAGCAGCAGCAGCCAGUGCGGGGAUGACAGGUGGCAGCCGGGGGGAGAGGAAGCCGUCGCCGCAAACAGCAGGGACAGAGCCGCUCUUGGCGGGCGGAGGUGGGGAUCGGGGUGGGGAGAGCAGUGGGAUCGGAAAGGCGGUUGGCGUGCCCGUGUUUAGAUUAUGA